AUGAUACCCCGAUCAGCUGCUCUACGAAGGCCAUUGGCUGGACCAAUUAGCUACAAUCGUGUAUCACCCUUUCGCACCCUCUCCACGACGGUCCCCGUCCAGAACACUCCUACCUCGGCCCCAGCGAACCCCCCGACACGACCCCAUGGAAUCGAUCCGCGAUGGCUCACAAUGAUGAAGCGACGAAUCGGGCGGUGCAUGAUGUUCGGCCUCAAGCCAGCCCAGAUUGACGAUGCGGGCAAGAUUCUCCAGCAAUUGGCGCGGGAUUGGCGCGAAUUGAUUGCUGGGAGUGAGGGAUUCUUGACUGAUGAGAAGAGGCGGGCCUUGUAUCGGCAUAACGUGGUGUGGGGAGAGAUGGAUGUAAUGGGUCACGUCAACAAUGUGACCUACGUUCGAUACGCCGAAUCCGCUCGAGUCAAUUGGACACGCAAUAUUGGCCUGCACAUCGACCCUACGAAUAAGGAUAAAUGGACAAAUUUGCUUAACUCAACGGGUAUUGGCCUGAUUCUGCGAAGCAUUAAAAUUGACUACAAAUUCCCCAUGACAUGGCCAGACAAGAUCACCGUGUACCAGAAACUGGUCCAUGAUCCCUCAUCAGCUCAUUCCUCUCAAUCCGCAUUCCAACUCCAAGUGAUGAUUCUGUCAGAAGCCCGCCAGCGUCCCGCAGCUCGAUGUCACGAGGACAUUGUCACCUAUGACUAUAAGAAGAAUCGGAAGACCUCCGAGCUGCCACCUUUUAUCUUUGAGCAGUUCAAAACUAUCUGGGAAUUGCAGGAAAAGGCAAAGAAAGAUUGGCAAGAGCGGAUUUUGGAGAUUGAAAACCGAGUCCGGACCCUCGAGGUUGGGAGCUGGGAUCGUGCAGAUGCAGUUGAGGAUACAGGAUCAGCAUGA